AUGGCAGUGUCGGGCGAGGCCGCCCACGACCGGGCCAAGCUGGGCCUCGGAAGGGCGAGUCCCGCCCAGGUGUCCAGCUGGGACCACCACCGUCGUGGUGCGUCCCCUCUAUCUCCGUGGAGCUCGGGCAGCCGAGGUUGUUGGGGAGUCCAGGCGCUGCAACCACUUCGGCGCUCGCCGCAACUCUCCUCGGCGUUGUGCGCGGGCUCCCUGUCCGUGCUGCUGGCGCUGCUGGUGAGGCUGGUCGGCGGGGAGGUCGGAGGCAAGCUGGAGUCGAGUCAGGAGGCGGCGGCCGAGGAGGAGGAGGAGGAAGGAGCCCGAGGGGGCGUCUUCCCGGGCCCUCGGGGAGGUGCUCCCGGGGGCGGCGCGCAGCUCAGCCCUUGGCUGCAGCCGGCCGCGCUGCUCUUCAGUCUCCUGUGCGCCUUCUUCUGGAUGGGCUUGUGCCUGCUGCGCGCCGGGGUGCGCCUGCCUCUGGCCGUCGCGCUGUUGGCCGCCUGCUGUGCGGGGGAAGCGCUGGUGCAGCUCUCGCUGGGCGUGGGGGACGGUCGCCUGCUGUCACUGCCCGCCGCGGGGGUCCUGCUCAGCUGCCUGGGUGGCGCGACAUGGCUGGUGCUGAGGCUGAGGCUGGGCGUCCUCAUGGUCGCCUUGACUAGCGCACUCCGGACGGUGGCCCUGGUUUCCCUGGAGAGGUUCAAGGUCGCCUGGAGACCUUACCUGGCUUACUUGGCGGCGGUGUUGGGGUUGCUGCUGGCCAGGUACGCCGAGCAGAUCCUGCCGCAGUGCUCCGGGCCGGCUCCGCCCAGGGAGCGGUUUAGGUCCCAGCUGAGCGCGAGAACCAAGGAAGAGAUUCCGGGGUGGAAGAGGAGGAGGCGGUCCAGCUCCGUGGUGGCCGGCGAGAUGUCUGGCUGCAGCGGCAAGUCGCACCGGAGGACCUCUCUGCCCUGCAUACCCAGGGAGCAGCUUAUGGGUCAUUCAGAAUGGGACCACAAAAGAGGGCCACGAGGAUCUCAGUCAGGAACCAGCAUCACCGUGGAUAUUGCUGUGAUGGGCGAGGCCCAUGGCCUCAUUACCGACCUCCUUGCAGACCCUUCCCUGCCUCCGAAUGUGUGCACAUCCCUGAGGGCUGUAAGCAACCUGCUCAGCACUCAGCUCACCUUCCAAGCCAUCCACAAGCCCAGAGUGAACCCCACUGUAACCUUCAACGAGAAUGCCUGCUCUGAUUCUGAGGAGGGCUUGGAGAAAGACAAACUGGCCAUUCCCAAGCGUUUGAGAAGAAGCUUACCCCCAGGCUUGCUGAGAAGAGUCUCGUCGACUUGGACAACCACCACCUCUGCCACAGGUCUGCCCACCUUGGAGCCUGCACCAGUGCGGAGAGACCGCAGUGCCAGCAUUAAGCCGCAUGAAGCACCUUGCUUGAAUCCCGACUCUUGGAAUGCCCCAGUGUCGAUGACUCUCACCAAGAGCAGAUCCUUCACUUCAUCCUAUGCCAUCUCUGCAGCUAACCAUGUAAAAGCUAAAAAACAAAACAGGCCAGGAAGCCUUGCUGAAAUUUCACCUGUACCCUCUCCCUUGUCCUCGCACUCCUCAAGGGUCACCUGCCAGCAGUCCCGUUGGCAACGUCACGUCAGCACACGUUUUCCAGAAUCCCCUGAAAUAACUGCCAAACGGGGCCCUGGAUCUCACAGGGCCUUAACUUACACCCAAAAGUGCCCCAACCUGUCCCCUCAGAUCCUGACUCACCUGUCGUACUGUGGGAGACCUUAUUCACAAGGGAAUCCUCCUGAUGGACCCUCAGAGAGAAGUGGCCCAGCCAUUCAGAAACCAAACAGAGCAGAUGACACUUCCCAAGUUACCUCUGAUUAUGAGACCAACAACAACAGUGACAGCAGUGACAUUUUGCAAAAUGAAGAGGAGGCCGAAUGCCAGAGAGAGCCACCGAGGAAAGCAUCGGCUUGUGGCACCUAUACUUCCCAGACCAUGAUCUUCCUGGACAAGCCAAUUCUUGCUCCCGAACCCCUAGUCAUGGAUAACCUGGACUCAAUUAUGGAUCAGUUAAACACCUGGAAUUUUCCAAUUUUUGAUUUAGUGGAAAAUAUAGGAAGAAAAUGUGGCCGUAUUCUUAGCCAGGUAUCAUACAGACUGUUUGAAGACAUGGGCCUCUUUGAGGCCUUUAAAAUCCCAGUUAGGGAAUUUAUGAAUUACUUUCAUGCUUUGGAGAUCGGAUACAGGGACAUACCUUAUCAUAAUAGAAUCCAUGCCACUGAUGUUUUGCACGCUGUGUGGUAUCUCACAACGCAGCCGAUUCCUGGCCUCCCAAGCGUGAUUAGUGAUCACGGAUCAGCAAGCGACUCGGAUUCUGACAGUGGAUUUACACACGGACACAUGGGAUAUGUGUUUUCAAAAAUGUAUCAUGUGUCAGAUGACAAAUAUGGAUGUCUGUCUGGGAAUAUUCCAGCCUUAGAGUUGAUGGCCUUGUAUGUCGCCGCAGCCAUGCAUGACUACGAUCACCCAGGAAGGACAAAUGCUUUUCUGGUUGCCACUAGUGCUCCUCAGGCGGUGCUGUACAAUGACCGUUCAGUUCUGGAGAACCAUCAUGCAGCUGCAGCGUGGAAUCUCUUCAUGUCCCGGCCAGAGUAUAAUUUCUUAGGUAACCUGGACCAUGUGGAAUUUAAGCAUUUCCGGUUCCUAGUCAUUGAAGCAAUUUUGGCUACUGACCUGAAGAAACACUUUGACUUUGUAGCCAAAUUUAAUGCCAAGGUGAACGACGAUGUUGGGAUAGAUUGGACCAAUGAAAAUGAUCGUCUCCUGGUGUGUCAAAUGUGUAUAAAGUUGGCAGACAUUAAUGGGCCUGCUAAGUGUAAAGAACUCCACCUGAAGUGGACGGAGGGCAUCGCCAGUGAGUUUUAUGAGCAGGGCGAUGAAGAAGCCAGCCUCGGUUUGCCCAUAAGUCCCUUUAUGGACCGCUCUGCGCCACAGCUGGCCAACCUUCAAGAAUCCUUUAUCUCACACAUUGUGGGUCCUCUAUGCCACUCGUAUGACUCUGCGGGUCUCAUGCCAGGAAAAUGGGUGGAUGACAGUGAUGAUUCAGGAGACACUGAUGACCCAGAAGAGGAGGAAGAAACCGAAACACCAAAUGAGGAAGACAUCUGUGAAAAUAAUGCAGCUCCCAGAAAGAAAACUUGCAAAAGGAGGAAAAUCUACUGCCAAAUAACUCAGCACCUCCUGCAGAACCACAUGAUGUGGAAGAAAGUGAUUGAAGAGGAACAGGCCUUAGCAGGCCUAGAGAACAAGUCCCUGGACUCAGCCCCUUUGCAGCAUCCCUCAGAGCAGAUCCAGGCUAUCAAGGAGGAAGAGGAAGAGAAGGGGAAGCCAAGAAUUGAGGAGAGCCCAGCUUCACAGCCAGAACUGUGACCAUGGGGAGAGUGAGCCAUGUUUGCAUACAGAAUUACUUGUCCCGGACACUUUCCAAGCCAGCACAACACUUAGACACAACACUGUAGAAUACCGGAAGGUGGGCAAGUGGCUACAGCAUUUGGGGAACCCUUCACGUUUCCUGUGUUUCCUUUUACAGUAAGGGACAGCGCUGAAGGCUAGCUUUCACUCUGCGACACCAGCGACUAAGGAUCGUUUUAUCAAAGAGAAAUAUAUGUGUGUGUAUAGAUUCCCACAUAGGCUCAUGUAAGACUUAUUAUAGUCACGUGUAACACAUGCACACUGAGAGCCAGGAUGCCUGACUCCACAAGGUAGCAACAGUCAUAUUAAGAUAUAUAGAGGUCACUGUAACAUAGACAUCUUAAAGGAUGAAAACCCAAGAGGAAAUGGGCAGCUUAGCAAGGAAACAAACGUAGGCUCAAGACUGACCAGCUUUUGUUCUCCCUACUGAGGGGACGAACAUUCUAGAACAUUGUUGGGAUUCUAAUGCAUCCUGCCAACUGUGUGUGUAAGGGUGUGUGUGUGUGUGUGUGUGUGUGUGUGAGAGAGAGAGAGAGAGAGAGAGAGAG